AUGUCACAAGAUUUCAACGGGGAUAUGAAUGCAUCGAAUGAAUCCGAUUCAUUAUGGGAUAAAUAUUUUCAUUCGAAUACCUCUGUACUAUUUUCAUUUACACUUUUCUUUGCUUACGCUAUUAUAUUUCUUGUUGGUCUUAUCGGAAAUAUAUUCGUUAUUAUAGUUAUUAUUAAAUUUCGACGAAUGCGUACAUUAACGAAUCGAUUUUUACUGAAUCUUGCUAUAUCCGAUCUUUUAGCAACAUUAAUUUGCAUACCACCAAAUGCUUAUCACCAUUAUGAUAAACGUUGGAUUUUUGGAGAAUUUUUUUGUCGAUUUGUUCCAUUUAUACAGGGAACAUCCGUUGCCGUUUCAAUAUUUACAUUAAUGGCUGUCAGUGUUGAUCGUUUUAUUGCUAUACAUAAACCUAUUCAUUCGAAAUUACUAUGUACAUCAACAAGAAUCUUUGCAAUCAUUGCAAUAAUAUGGAUUACUUCAUUUUUUCUAAUGAUUCCUCUAAUCGUACAUCAUCGACUCAUUGAUCCGUUUGAUACAAUGUUAACAGCCUGUGCUGAAGAAUGGCAUCAAAAUAUGAAUGCUCGAUUAGUGUAUGAUUUUAUUCUACUUUUUCUACUAUUUAUAAUACCGCUAACACUUAUGACAUAUUGUUAUAUUCGUAUAAGUUUUUCUCUAUGGUUUGUUGAUUCGUAUUUUCGUAAGUCAUGGUCGUCAUCAUCCUCAUCAACUACAAAUAUCGCACGAUUUUCAACAAUAUCUGAAGAUACUCCUCAAGUUGAUAUGAAUGAUAUUCGACGGUCAACAUCUGCAAAAACUCGACCGUACUAUAUUCAUUAUCAUAAAACAUAUGAGAAUGAUUUUAAACGAAAACAGCAACAACAAAAUGAUCAAAAAAAUCAAGAUGAAUAUCGUUCAUUAAUAAAUUCAUCUGGAAAAAAACUAAUAUCCAAUAGUCGACCCGGUCGAAGUAAAACAAUAAAUGAUAUUAAACAAAAGUCAUCGUCUGUAACAGCAACAACGAUGACAACAACAAUAACAGGACAUACAACAUGUCGUCGUUCAUCGUCACUUAUUGGGAGACAUUUCGGAGAAAAUACUUAUACUAAUAAUAAUUUAAACCAAAGCCAACAAGGACGACAAAUAUCAGCACAUCAUGGAAAAUUUUCAAGUCUACAUACAAGUGGAACAUUACGCUCAAGUUUUACAUAUUUGCCCAAUCACAAUAGAAUUCUUGGAAGUGUUAUUGGAAGAAUAAAUGGAAAUAAUAGCAACAACAGUAAUAUUAAUAAUAAUAAUAAUAAUAAUAGCCGUCGAUCAACUAUAGAUGUUGAACGUGCAAGUCGGUUUUUGAAGAGUCGUAGACGUGUUGUAAAAUUGUUAAUUACUCUAGUAAUUGUCUUUUUUGUCUCACGAUUACCAUCAAAUAUACUUUCAAUCUAUAUUGAUAUAACAUCAAAUACUUAUUUGCCCGACAAUAUAUAUACAAAUCGAACCAAAAUAGAAAGCAUUGAUGAUGAAACUAUAGACUUAGCAAAUGAUGUGGCAAAUUCCGAUAGGAAAAUGACACUCGUACUAUAUGUUAAUCCUAUUUUACAAUUGAUUUCUUUAUCAAAUUCAGUUAUUAAUCCAUUAUGUUAUUGUGUGAUGAGUCACGCUGUUAAGAAUAUAAUUACACUUAUUCGUCAAAAGUUACGUAGACGUGGACAGAACAAAUCAUCACUCUUACCGCUAACACAACGACCUGCUGCCAACAAUCAGUCGAUGCAAAGAAUGAUACAACAUCGAAAUUCAUUUGAAAAUAACAGAUUGAACCAUUGA